UUACUUGGAAGCUGGGGAAAGGACGGACGGUCGGUCCCGAGGACCCGUCCUCAUUUGCGUCAUCAUCAUGGCGGCCGCCACUGCUUUUGGGCCCUGAGCCCAGCGCGAGGCUCCUGUUCACGCCUCUUUUCCUCACUCGCGCGCGAACCCGCGAGCGUACGUUAGCUUCCCUUUAGCCCCGCCUCCAGCUCCUCCCUCGCCCCUCCCCCACUUUUCUCCCACCAGAGCCCUGUGAGCCAGCCUAGGCCGCGGCAGUGAGUUGGGGGGAAGCCCGAGCGAAGCUACCGCUGUUGCCCGUCGCCCUCUCGGAGGCAGCUUGCGGCGUAGGCUUGGCCGGGGCCUUAAAGCCGAGCAGCCACCAUGCAGGUCACGCUGAAGACGCUGCAGCAGCAGACCUUCAAGAUAGACAUCGACCCGGAGGAGACGGUGAAGGCACUGAAAGAGAAGAUUGAAUCAGAAAAAGGGAAAGAUGCAUUUCCAGUAGCUGGCCAAAAAUUAAUAUAUGCAGGUAAAAUUCUUAAUGAUGAUACUGCUCUUAAAGAAUACAAAAUCGAUGAAAAGAACUUUGUGGUGGUUAUGGUGACAAAACCCAAAACAGCAGCUGCUCCAUCUCCAUCCCCAACUACAACUCAGCAGUCAAAUGAUACUACCACUACUGUUAGUUCUUCUACAGUAACUGCUGCAGCUCCAAAACCAGCACCCGUUCCAGCACCUGUUCCAGUUUCAACACCUGCACCAGCUGCUCCCACACCAGCUGUAGUGGCUAGUGAACCUGCACCUGUAAGUGCCACUAUAGAAGAGAAAUCUGCAGAUAAGCCAGAAGAGACACCAGUUGCCACCAGCCCAUCCUCUACAGACAGCACAACAGGUGAUAUAUCACGAUCAAAUCUCUUUGAAGAUGCUACAAGUGCACUUGUGACUGGUCAGUCCUAUGAAAAUAUGGUGACUGAGAUCAUGUCAAUGGGAUAUGAAAGAGAACAAGUAAUUGCUGCACUGAGAGCUAGCUUCAACAAUCCUGAUAGGGCAGUGGAGUAUCUUCUAAUGGGUAUCCCUGGAGAUAGGGAAAGUCAAGGUAUGACCGAUCCUCCUCAAGCAGCCGGUACUGGUGCUUCUCCAUCUUCAGCAGUAGCAGCUGCAGCCGCCGCGACUACCACUACAACCACCACCACAACUAGUUCUACAGGAGGACAUCCUCUUGAAUUUUUAAGAAACCAGCCUCAGUUCCAGCAGAUGAGACAAAUUAUUCAGCAAAAUCCAUCUCUUCUGCCUGCAUUACUACAACAGAUAGGCCGGGAAAACCCUCAAUUAUUGCAGUCCUCCCAUGCACCACAGCAAAUAAGCCAACAUCAAGAACAUUUUAUUCAGAUGUUAAAUGAGCCUGUUCAGGAGUCGGGUCAAGGGGGAGGUGGCAGUGGAGGUGGCGGUGGCGGAGGUGGAGUAGCUGAAGCUGGAAGUCGUCACAUGAACUACAUUCAAGUAACGCCUCAGGAAAAAGAAGCUAUAGAAAGGUUAAAGGCACUAGGAUUCCCUGAAGGACUUGUGAUACAAGCAUAUUUUGCAUGUGAGAAGAAUGAAAACUUGGCAGCCAACUUUCUCCUACAGCAGAACUUUGAUGAAGAUUGAAAGGGAGAGACUUUUUAAAAUCUCACACAUCACACCAGUGCAUUACACUAGCUAUUCACUGGAUUGUCUGGGAUACUUGGGCUCAUAUCCAUGAUAUUUGGUGUAAGGUUGGGGGGAGGGGAGGGAGAGGAAAAUAUAGAAAGGAUACAAGGAAAGACAAGCACAUCUGCCCAUAAUAGGCAGAUGUAGCAGAUCAAAGUGUAAAAUACUAUACAACCAAAAAUCAGCUUCUUCUCUUUUUUUGGGCAGGUAUUUAGUUCCUUUCUUCUAUAAACUAAGUUCAUCCCCCCCCCCGACACCUUCAGAUUUCCACUCUUUUAUGUACUAGUUCCCAAAAUUAGUGUGGUGCCCUGCUUUUGUUUGUUUUUAAUUAACAUUGGUCUUGAAGAUAGCGAAGGCUACCUAGAAUUGAGAGUCUGUAUUUCAUGGUAACACUGGAUAAUGGCUUUGUGACUUUAAGAAAAGUAUAUUUGAGUAACUGUAAAAAUAUGCCAAAAAUGUAGGUGCUGGGUUUUUUGCUGCUUCAGAUGUCUCUAACUGCAAGAGACCCAUUAUUUCACAUAAAGAAAGCGCUGGAUUAAAAAUUCAAAUUAAUAUCACUCAUUUUUUUAUCAUUGAUUUUGAGAGCUCUUUUCCUGUCCCUGCUCCUUCCUUUCAUAACAAAUGGAGAGACUAUGUACAUACAAACAAAAAUAGUUUACUUUUAAGCAAAUACAAGAUUACCUAAUUACUGCUUACUUCAAUGUUGGGUUACAAUAAAGAUUUUUUUUAAAUAAAAAAAUCAAAAUGAUUGCAUGUUUUGGGUUUGAUGUAUCCCUCUUUGUGAAUUGAGCACUUUUUUAUUGCCACUGAAGAAAAUGUAAACUCUCCAUGCUAGUGAAAGUAUUUAUGAAAAAAAUCAGAUUCCAUCCUAACUAUAUUUUGUUUAAAGUGAAACUGACCUGAUGAAUACAGCUGCAAAUAUUUCAAAACUAGGUGUCUUAAAUGCUUGUAAUCUUAUAGUUUCAAUCUCUGGGACUAAAGGCUAUUGUCAUUUGUAUUGCUUUACAGGGACUGUAAUAUUCCAGUAAUUUGCCUUCUCUUCUGUUUAAAAAGCAUUGUGAAAAUAUUUUGGUCUUGAAGAGAUGUUCAAAAACCAGAAAAUAGAUGAACAAUCAAGUUAUUGGUUCCCUAAAGAUUAUGCACAUCCCCUUUUACUUCCUAUUAAAAGUAACAUCUAAUUGUAA